CCCAACUAUCCCCAGGUAUCUCCAGGUAUCCCCAGGUGUAUCCCCAGCUAUCUCCAGGUGUAUCCCAGCUAUCUCCAGGUGUAUCCAGGUGUCCCCAGGUAUCUCCAGGUGUAUCCCAGGUAUCCCCAGGUGUAUCCAGGUGUAUCCAGGUAUCCCCAGGUAUCCCCAGGUGCCCCCCCCCUGUACCUCCCCUCUCUCCCUCCCUCCCCCCCGUCCCAGUUCCUGUCUGUCUGCGCCGCGGCCACGCGGGAUCACCCGGAGGUUCUCCCGUUCCUGCGCUCCCGCCACGCGCGGGCGCAGCCGGAAUUCCGCGGCUCCGCCGAGUUCCGCAACAUCCUGGGGCGGCUCCUGCGGCGCCUCCGGAGCCGCCGCAGCAAAACCUUCGUCUACAUCAACGAGCUCUGCACCGUCCUCAAGGCCCGCGCGCUCCGGCGACGCCUCCCGCUGCUCCCGCUCCCCGGCGGCGGCGGCGGCGGCGUUCCCGCACGGAAUUCCGGCGGCGACGCCUCCCAGUAUCCCACCAGCUCGUCCCAGUGUCCCGGCGGCUCAUCCCAGUGUCCCGGCGGCUCAUCCCAGUAUCCCGAUGGCCUGACGGCCCAGCAGCCCAACGGCACUUCCCGCUAUCCCGACGGCGCUUCCCGGUAUCCCGACGGCAGCACUUCCUGCCAGGAUCCUGGCAUUCCAACCCACCGGCCCGGCGAUCCCGACAGCUCUUCCCAUCGCUCCGAUGGCUCAUCCCAACGUCCCAGUGAUUCAUCCCAGUAUCCUGAUGACUCAUCCCAGUAUCCUGAUGGCUCAUCCCAACGUCCCGAUGGCUCAUUCCAGUAUCCUGAUGGUUCAUCCCAACGUCCUGAUGGUUCAUCCCGACAUCCCGAUGGUUCAUCCCAAUAUCCUGAUGGUUCAUCCCAAUAUCCUGAUGGUUCAUCCCAACAUCCCGAUGGUUCUUCCCGUUGCCUUGAUGGCUCUUCCCAACGUCCCGAGGGCUCCUCCCAGUGUCCCGAUGGUUCCUCCCAGCGUCUCGACGGCCCUUCCCAACAUCCCGACGCCUCAUCCCACCAUCCCGACAGCUCCUCCCGCCGCCCCGACCCCUCCCCCCGCCGCUCCGGCGGCUCCCGGCGGCAGAUCCGCUACCUGGAGAACCUGCUGCGCGUCUACGCCGGCGAGAUCCGGCGGCUGCAGGAGCGGGAGCUGGACUUCCAGGAGCUGGACAGCGCCGACUCGCCCUACCUGCAGGAGAACCGGCUCAAGCGGCGCAUGAUGCGCAUCUUCCGCCGCCUCUGCCAGCUCAAGGAGUGCAGCUCCCUCACCGGGAGGGUCCUGGAGCAGCGGAUCCGCUUCCGGGGGACGCGGUACCCGGAGGUGAACCGGCGCAUCGAGCGCUUCAUCAACCGCCCCGACGCCUUCCCCGACUACUCCGACAUCCUGCGGGAGAUCCGCGGGGCCAGCGAGCGCCACGGGCUGGGCUUGGCCCGCAGGCACAUGGAGAACAUGGCCCAGGAGGCCUUCAGGGAGGUCGGGAACAGGCUCCAGGAGAGGAGGCACCUGGACCUCGUCUACAACUUCGGGAGUCACCUCACGGAUCAGUACCGGCCCGGUC